GAGAGGACGAGAGAAUCCAUUUCUCUUCUCUCUGUCUCUCUCUGCUUUUCAUUCAGCCAGUCUCCUCGGUAUCCGUCCACCCAUCUGUUGCCUGAGGACUUUUAUUAUUCUGCUCUGCAGUGAUUUGGUUCUCGGGGAGUGACAGAAAAACUUGAAAAGAAGAAGAACAGAAGAAGAAGAAGAAGAAGAGGGGGCUGUGAAGGAGGACAAGGCCAUGGCCUCCUGGUUCAGCUGGAAUGAGCCGCCUCACAGGAGCCCCCAGCGGGACCCGGCAGACGUGGUCACCGACACCCUGAUGCUGGAGUUCAGUUGGCAGCUGAAGGAGGCGGAGAGGCUGCAGAGAGAGAGAGAGAACGAAUACAGGCGCCUCAAGACCGGAGUGGACUACAGCUGGCUGGCCAGCACACCUCGGUCCUCCUACAACAUCAGCACCGGGGAGAGGCUCGGUCUGGAGGAGCUUUGCUCCAAGUUGCCGCCUCCCUGCUGCGGCCUGGUCAUACUCAAGUUCAGGGAGAUAAUGCAGACCAACGAACCCGAGGUGCAGGAGGUGUCCGGCCUGUUUCGUUCUGUCCUCCUUGAGGCUUUGGAUCACUCAAAGGAGGAGGAGGAGGCCCAGCGGCUUGCCCGCCAGUGGAACAACAAACGUGCCAUGAGCAUGUCUCUCAUUAACUUCAGAUCCCGUAUCAAGAUCAACCCGUUCGGAAGCACGGUGGGCCUGACGACCCCCGUGGCCGAGGGGGCGGGGCUGAGCGACCUCAAAACCGUGUCAGAGGAUGUGGAGAGGGGCAUGGAGAGGUCGCAGAGGGUGUGGAGCAUGCCUGACUUCAGAUACAAAGGAAAUAGCAGCAGUAAGGUUGUCUGAUGUGAGGUGUUCACGGGACAGUGAUGGUGGGACAGAUGCUGAUCUCCAGGACACCUCUGCUGCAGUAUGUCCACUUUGCACCAGACGAGGCGGGAUGAAUCCCACAACCCUCUUACUCUUGUCAGUAUGAGACCAAUCAGCAUUUGAUCCUGCUUUACGUGGACAGGUCAACAUCAGGUGUUUCUCUCAGAUCCUCUGUAACUUGAACGCACUCUUUUUGGACUUGAAACACUCCUUACUUUGCGUGAGAUUAUUGCCUCCUGCUGUGAUGCCUCUUAUAUUUGUAGACAUCGGCAUCUAAGCAUUGAGCGCUGUUUACUGUAGGCCAGGUAGGGAUAUUUAUGUAUUUUAUUAAAGGCUUUUUGGAUAACUGAAUGUUGCAGGAGCACAUGAAAUGCAUUUGUGUUGUUACAUAACCCAACUCAAUGAUCUUUGAAGACAAUGUUUCGCAUGAGAUUUAUGUAUAAACGGUAUGUAUUAAUUGUCAGUAAAUGUCAAUGCUCAACAUGAACGUCAUUGAGAGUGAGUCACGCUCUCUUUCUACAGACUGCUCUUUGUUUCUUCCCUACAGCACAACAAUUCAUCAUCCAAGGUC